AUGAAUUAUAGUAAUACCACCACAAUCGAAGAUAUUAAUUCAAGCAUAUUUCUUAUUAUGCUACCAUCAAUUAUUCUUGUCUCUAUUUUGAUGCCUAUUGGUGUAUUCGGCAAUGCUACAGCUUUGUACAUUUAUGGCUUUCGUUUUCAGAAACUACCUGUUCAUAUUUUUCUAAUUUCUUUGGCUGCUUUUGACAUGAUUGGCUGCUUUUUCGGAAUACCCCUAGAAAUAGUCGGCUCGUGUUAUCCUGUGAUGUAUCCCAACAGAAUUCUUUGUAAACUAGAAAAAUUUUUAAUAUUUUACAGUAGCAUUACUUCGGCUAUAACCUUGUUUGUGAUAGCAGUGGAGAGAUAUAAUAUAGUUUGCCGUCAUGAUAAGCAACAACUUUCGGUUCGACAAGCUAAAAUAACGGCUGUGAUAAUUGGUUUCCUUUCCAUUGUAAUUGCGUUUUUCGGUGCAGUGUUCUUCGAUAAACUAGCGAUUCCUAUUUCACCAAAUUUAGUUGUUGAGGUCUGUAUGUUCAAACCUGCUUAUGAGAAAUUUUUUCAAACUUAUUUCUUAAUAUACCUGAUAAUUGACUUAAUCAUUUUGAUAAUAAUGCUUCUAUUAUAUUACCGCAUUUGGAAGGCAGCUAAGAAGCAUGCGAACUAUAUAGUAAGUCUAAAUUUGAAUAACAUGAACGAGCACCAUCAAAACUUAACAGCCUAUAAAAAGAUUAGACAAACAAACAAAAUUCUUAUAUGCAUUACGUUCUUAUUUGCAUUCAGUUUCAUCCCUAGCCUAAUUUUCACAGUUGCUUAUCCACAAAGUGAUGUAAAACUUACAGAAGUUAUGGAAUCUUUGAGACAACUGGGCUAUCGAAUGUGGUACUUUAACGGUGCAUUAAACCCCAUUGUCUAUGGAUUAUUAAACAGUCGCUUCCGUCAGAUUUUCCUGACUUGUCUGCAGAAGUAG